CGAUUUCUCACCCGGACGAGCUAGCGAGGGGCGCUUCGCAACACCUCCGAUACUCCUGUACGCCGGAGCCGUCGCCCGGUGAGCGAUCCACUAGCUCCCUCUCGGGGCCAGAUUGCGUUCCUUCCCGGGCUAGAACACCAUGGAGGGCCGUCGGCCGCGAUCGAGCCACAAGGUGUCGAUGACUUGGCAUGAGGACGAGGCCACGGUUACGCACCGCCGAAUGAUGCAGUUUGCCGACGAGUGCAUCGAGACGAAGACGGUUACGACCACGACCACAACAAAGCGAUCCUACCCGCCUCUCUUCCUCCGCGAGCCGCGAGACGUCCACUCCCUCGACUCGAAAGAAUACCCUCUGGCCGCAAGGCCGACUCCGCCCGAGCUGCGGCGGCUGACCUUUGACCUUGACGACCACGAAACAGUGUGUUGGGAUGAGGACGAGGACAACACGGACCAGCAGGUCGACCGCUCCCAGAGCAUCGACUACGCCGGAAACAUCAAGAGCGAGCCUGGCGUGGAGAGCCCCAUCUCCAGUUCGUCUCACCGACCCCGUUUUGUCCCCGAACCAUCCCCGCGGAGGUCACAAAGGUCGACUGCCAGAGCUGUUUCGCCGAGCUACACACCCGUGCCAUCGAGGAGCACCCGGUCCGCUACCAAAUCUAUGCACAUCCCACAUAUCGCUUCUGAUAGACAGCGCCAUGCCGUAGCACGCGGCCCACGCGGAGACGCUGUCCGAACACUCCGUCGCUCGUCCAGCUACCUUGCGACCCCCAGUAUCUCCGAGGUUGCCAGUACCCGUACGGAGCGAGCGUCCCGGCCGCAACUCCUGCCAGUCGACAUCGCCGACACCGGGACGAGCCAGUCCACCUCCGUUUUUGACGCCGACAGCCCGGCCGACACCGAUUCCCAAACGUUCAGCAACGUCGCGACACCGCCCAUCACUGAUGCCGAGCUGCAGUCCUUCGACGAUGCAGAUGACUCCUUUCUUCAUAGCGCUCCCAGCGCCCGCGCGAGACGAAGUAUUAGCACUGUGGCCGCGCAGGACGUCAGCCUCCCGAGUCCUCGACUCUCCCCAACCCUAGCGGCCACCCGGCUACAGCCCAGCCAAGUUGAGGACGAAGGCGUGGAGGUCGAUGACGCUUCCUUCUCGAGUCAGCCCACGCGAUCCCGCCGGCAACGAUGGGUGGAGGAGAGCCAGACCACGGACGAUACCGAUGUUCCGGGUGCGGUGGAGCUAUCCCCGGUGCGCUACGGAAGCUCCCUUUCCCGGCCGAAGCCCGCCCGCCGUUCGUACGUGGACCCUGGUUUGAUGCUCGACAGCUUCGACGCGAUGCCGAACGAGCUCAAAACCUGGAUGAUGUAUCAGUUCUUGCGCCGAUGUCCGCGGAAGACGCUUCAUGUGGUCGCCGACGUGGUCAACCCGACUCUCAAGUGCGACUUCCUGAAGCAGCUGCCCCUUGAGCUCAGCCUUCACAUUCUGUCCUACCUGGAUCACCGCGACCUCUGCCGAUGUGCCCAGGUUUCCAAACAUUGGCGCAAUAUCGUGGACAGCAACGAGACGGGCUGGAAGGAGCUUUUUGACCGCGAUGGACUGGUCCUGCCGCCCGGAGAGCUGCAGAGGGCAAUCAACGAAGGCUGGGGAUGGCAAGAUCCUCCCGGAUAUGAAGGAUGUGAAGUCGACCUCAGCAACCAGAGCAGACUUACUUCGAGCGAGUCGGAGCUCAUCCGGUCUGUUGUCAAGACGGAGAAGGCCGAGACAUUGCCGAGGACUAGGAGCGCCAAGCGCAAGCGUGCGCUGACUCAGAUUAACGCUGAGAGGGCCAAGCGGCGCUCGAGCGCGCAAGAGUCGAGGGCGGAGAGAAGCACGCCUCUCACCAAGUUGCACAAGUCCGAGGGCCCGAUCUCGGCUGCCAACGCGGCCGCCCUUGCCGUCCCCGACCCGCAAAUCGGUCUCCCCAGCCUGCGGCGACUUCACCUGUUCAAGUCGCUCUACCGUCGACACUACUUGAUCCGGAAGAGCUGGAUGAACGGCAAGGUCAAGCCCGGCCACGUCGCUUUCGCCGCUCACCCGCGGCAUGUUAUCACGUGCCUCCAAUUUGACGACGACAAGAUAGUGACGGGCAGCGACGACACCCUGAUUCACGUUUACGACACCAAGACGGGCAAGCUGCGGACCAAGCUCGAGGGCCACGAGGGUGGCGUUUGGGCGCUUCAGUAUGAAGGGAACACUCUCGUGUCCGGGAGCACGGAUCGCUCCGUCCGCGUUUGGGACAUUCAAAAGGGCAUCUGCACGCAGACCUUCUACGGCCACACGAGCACGGUGCGAUGUCUCCAGAUCGUCAUGCCAGUUGACACCGGCAAGGUUGUGGACGGCAAGCCGGUCAUGAUGCCGCCGAAGCCCCUCAUCAUCACGGGCUCGCGCGACAGCCAGUUACGGGUCUGGCGGCUGCCCGAGGCCGGCUCGCGACGGUACAUCCAGACCGGCCCUCCGGCCAGCGACGACCAAUGCCCGUAUUUCAUCCGGAUCCUCGCCGGUCACAGCCAUUCGGUCCGCGCCAUCUCGGCCUACGGCGACACCCUCGUGUCAGGCAGCUACGACAGCACGGUCCGGGUCUGGCGCAUCAGCACGGGGGAGCAGCUGCACGUGCUGCACGGCCACCUCCAGAAGGUGUACUCGGUGGUGCUCGACCACAAGCGGAACCAGUGCAUCUCGGGCUCGAUGGACUCGAUGGUCAAGAUCUGGGAUAUCAGCACGGGUACGUGCCUGCACACGCUCGAAGGCCACAGCAUGCUCGUCGGGCUCCUGGACCUGCGCGACGAGAAGCUGGUGUCGGCGGCGGCGGACAGCACGCUGCGGAUUUGGGACCCUGAGACGGGCAAGUGCAAGAAGACGCUUGAGGCGCACACCGGGGCCAUCACCUGCUUCCAGCACGACGGGCAGAAGGUGAUCUCGGGCAGCGAGAAGACGGUCAAGAUGUGGGAUGUCGACACGGGCGACUGCGUCCAGGACCUACUCACCGACUUGAGCGGCGUCUGGCAGGUCAAGUUUGAUCAUCGGCGGUGUGUGGCGGCUGUGCAGCGGGGGAAUAUCACAUAUGUCGAGAUUCUCGACUUCGGCGCCGUCCGCGAUGGCAAGCCGCCCGAGGAGCUAGGAAAGCGCAAGCUGCUCAACGAGGCCGAGGUCCAGCGCCUGAUUGCCGAGGAGUCACUCUGACGCUGGACUUCGCUAAGGGAACACAAAAAACCGCUUGGACUGGGCUCUCGACGGCCAGUCUGCACAUGGAUAUCCAGCACCGCCUCUUCUCAGGGGCUAGCAUGGGCUACGGCGGGAGGGAUGAGGUUCGGAGACACGAAAAGAACGAAACGAGACGCCGGAACGACAGUGUUU